GGGUGUUCCAGCUGAUGGCAAAGGCUGAGUGUCACUUCAUCAACGGCACCGAGCGGGUGAGGUUCGUGGCGAGGGGUAUCUACAACCGGGAGCAGCAACUACACUUCGACAGUGAUGUGGGGGUGUUUGUGGGGGACACCCCGUUUGGGGAGAGCUGGGCCAGGCACGUGAACAGCGACCCAGAACUGAUGGAGCUCAGACGAUCUGAUGUGGACAGGUUCUGCCGGCACAACUACGAGGUGAUCACCCCGUUCAGCGUGGAGAGGAGAGUGCCCCCCAGC